CGUUUAAGUGAAAUUCAUAGUGUGUUGGAUCAGUUUGAAGAACUUCAAAUAAAAAUCAAUGUAGAUGACAUAGAUAGUGUCGAUUACAAUAAUUUUGAAAAUCUAUAUUUUAAGUCGAUAAGUUAUGCGCAGAGUCUUCUAGAAACAAACAACGUGGCAGUUACAUUGGAAAAUAAUGUAACUGUUCCUAAUCAAAGUGUGAAUUGUGAGUUAAAUAUAGCAGAAUGUAAAAUGCAACAAGAGAUUCUAAAGGUUAGGCUAGCCGAAUUCAGUGAGUUUAUUUAUGCGGAGGAAAAUAAAGAUAACUUAAGUGAAAUGCGAAUACGUUUAAAUGAAAUUAAUGGUGUCCUAGAUCAAUUUGAUGAACUUCAGAUGAAAAUAAAUGUGGAUGAGUUUGAUAGUGUAGAAUACAAUAAUUUCGAAAAUCUUUAUUUUAAAGUCAGUUAGUUAUGCGCAGGGUGUUUUAGAAACAAACAAAGUGGCAGUUAGAUUAGAAAGUAAUGUAACUGUAUUAAUGAAUGAGAAUACAAAUAUUCAAAAUACCGUAACAACGUGUCCAAAGGGUAAAUUAUCUCCUUUUGUUAGUUUACAUCAACAAAAAUUAAACAAUAAGCAUAAAUAUAAUUUCACUAAGGAACAAGUUUUUACACUACCAAAAAGGGUUAAUUCAGGUUCAGUUUACAAAAGACAUAAAAUUCGAGAGAGUGAAUGGUUUGUGAAAGUAAAGGCAAAUAAGAAAAUUGUUCAAUUACUUAAGGAAAAUAAAUUAUGGCUUAAUUGCUUAAAGAGCGGGCAUCAUAAUGAUGAAUGCAGGUGGGCAGAAUGUGAAGAAUUCAGUAAGUUGAUUCAUUUCAGUACUAGGGUACAUAUUAGGAUAAAUUGUAAGAUGGCAGAUGACGCAAAUACUUCCGAUUCAAAAGAUUACAAAGUUGAUUAUUCUGUAGAAAGUUUAAACCAAAUUGAAAAACCAGUAAAUCAAUCUAUUCAAAUAAAAUCUAGAUCUAAACACAAUAAAUAUAAGGAAAACGGUAAAACUCCAAUUGUAUUUUGUAUAGGUGACAAAUUGUCCGAUUAUUUCGUCAAUAGUAAAUUAAUAAUCAUUCUACAAAACCAUAAUUCUGAUUCUAAAGGUGAACCAAAAUUUGGUGUUAAUCUAGAUAUAAGCGAAAUUAGUGAAUUGUUAAGGGUAGUUUUAAAAUUAAUUCAAAGGGAGAAGUUUAGUGUUUAUAUUAGACAAUGGUCAGAACAAACAUAUAUCAAUAUAAAGGGCGGCUGUAGUUCUUUUGUUCAGUUUUUAGAUGUGUUCAAGUUAAUUUCCGUGGGAAAUUCUAACUUAUCGUUCUCGGAAAAACAUCCGAUUGUGCUAAUAAAAAAUAAUAAUACAGUGAGUUUAAACAUUCGUGAAAACCACGUUUUGUGGUGUAUUAGUGAGGCCCAAAGCAGGCUUAAAGCUGUAAGAGCAAAGACGUGGCCAAUUAAUGGCAAAAAUGCGAUAAAAUUAAUUAUACACAAAUGCGUUCUUUGUCGUGGCAAAUCUUACCUAAAGGGAAAUUUACUAAGGAAUAGCGUUAUUUCAAGGCAAUCUUUUUCUAAUGUAGAAUUGGAUUAUUGUGGAUCAUUCUAUAUUAAGACAAAGAGAUUACUAAGUUGGGAAAAAAUCAAAGUUUGCGUUUACCUCUUAGUUCGUUUGACACUUUAUGCUGAACCAAUCAAAGGUCUGAUUACAGACGUGACCAAAUCGAUUAAGGGUCAUUUUUAUAAAACAAUGUUUCAGUUAUUUGUUGCAUAUAAUGAGUUGUUAAGAGAUACGACUGAACUAGAAUCAAUAUUCCGGUCCUACUAUCCUUUAUCCAAUGAUCUCAACAACAAUCUCACUCCUACCCUCUUCCUAAUAGGAGAUACUUUUGCAAGCGUACCUCAGGUGAAACUUACACCUUCACCUGUGAAUCGUCUUUCCGAAUGGGAAUGUAUCCAACUCUUUAGGCACUACUUCAGGAAGAGACGACAUAAAGAAAACCUCAAUCAACUAGUAACCAGAACCAAGUUGCAGCAAAAAAGUGCAGAAAAAGGAAAACUCGGUACAUUAGUGGUGUCAAGAGAAGACAAUGUGCGACCUGUAUAUUGGUCACGUGACCGAGUUCUAAACGGUUUUCUGGAAGACUAUGAAAGAGUGCGUGUUAGAAAAGUGAAGACUAAAUCCGAUGUUUUAAACGUGCAGUGUUAAAGGUUUAGUGCCUUUAUUAUUGUUAAGAUAUUAACUGAAAAAUUUGUGUAAAUAGAUAUUUCCAAUUCAUUUAAUGUAUCUUAUAAGUUAUGCUAACACGCUUGUAUUAAAAAAUUAGUGAAGAAAAUUGUUAUAGUGGUAAUUGAAAGUUUUCAAUGUUAAUGUUUAUGAUUUUAAAUUUCGUGAC